AUGUUGGACACACAACAGUUGUGUUCAUCAUACAAGUGUAUCGACUGGACAAGGUUCACAAGAGUGGUUUGUAAAGUGAGUUCAUGUCCAUUACAGUGUCUAGUGUUGAUGAUACAGAGUUUGACCAGGCAUAAUGUGUUGGAUUUGAUGAGUAGAUCAGUUCCAGUGGUUUGA